CUCUAACCUCCCAAAAAUCUUAUUGAAUGGGGGGCGUGAGGGAGCCUCAACCUUGAUUGGGGAUUAACCUUUUGGAACAUUCUAUAUAGAUAUAAAUAAUACGGAGUAACUCCACUGCAGUUGGCUCUCAACAAAAUUCUAUAUAAGCGUAUGCAAAGCUGAGUAAGCAAAACUUCUAUCAUCUCGUUUCGAGUUAUUAAGAGGUAGCAAGUGUAUACGUUUCUUGAGUGAGGGGAGAAGAGAAAAUGGAGAGUGAAAUGAAGGCAUCAAGAUUCAAGAGGAUUUGUGUGUUCUGUGGGAGCAGCCAAGGGAAGAAGAGCAGUUAUCAGGAUGCUGCCAUUGAGAUUGGAAAAGAAUUGGUUUCAAGAAACAUUGAUUUGGUGUAUGGAGGAGGCAGCAUAGGGCUGAUGGGCCUGGUUUCACAAGCUGUUCAUGAUGGCGGUCGGCAUGUAAUGGGAGUUAUUCCCAAGACGCUCAUGCCUCGAGAGUUGACUGGAGAAACAGUAGGGGAAGUGAAGACUGUUGCGGAUAUGCAUCAAAGAAAAGCAGAGAUGGCUAGACAUUCAGAUGCUUUUAUUGCCCUUCCAGGUGGUUAUGGUACACUUGAGGAACUACUUGAAGUGAUCACUUGGGCUCAACUUGGCAUUCACGACAAGCCAGUGGGGUUGCUGAACGUCGAUGGAUACUAUAAUUCGUUGUUGACAUUCAUUGACAAAGCAGUGGAGGAAGGCUUCAUCAGCACAAAUGCCCGCCACAUCAUUGUAUCUGCACCUACCGCCAAGGAACUUGUCAGGAAACUGGAGGAGUAUGCUCCUUGCCAUGAAGGAGCUGCACUGAAGUUGAGCUGGCCAUCAUGGCCAGGAGAUGAUGAGGCAGCUUGGGUACCUUCAGACCCAUGAAUGAUACUCCAUCAUCGCAUUUGCAGCAUAUAUAGGGAAAAGCUUGUCAGGAUACAAGGAAUUAUAUUGAGCCAGGAGAUGCUAACCUCAAAUUAUUUGUAUUUUUUGCUGUGGAGGGAUCCCCCCCUCCCUUUUGUAUAUCUAGUACUAAAAAAUGUUCUAGCAUUAUAUAUAGCACCACAUAGAUAUACGGUUCUUAUCUACGCACCCCCUCUGUGUGGAAAUCCUGCAAUUUUUUGCAAGCAAUUCAAGCUGUAACUAACUAAGUUCUCAGAUGCAUAUCAUAUUGAAUUCCCCCUUUAGUGUAAACUCAAACUCAGUUGCUCAGUUAUUGAUUCCAAAUUGUAUUUAUAAGGCUGUCUUAGUCUUCAAUUG